UCUUUCUUCUGCGUUUGGGACUUCACGAGUGCAGACGUGUUACGUGGUGUAGUGUACAGACCAAUAUUAUACAGUUUGUUAGGUUAUUAUUGUGAUCAAGAUGAGCAUGAACUUCACUUCUGACGAAGAAAUAGAUGCAUGUUGUGUGGUCGACAACACUGUGCGUUUAGUCGGCUAUGUUGAUGAUAUCAUCAGCAUCAAACCUGUGGGGAAGAUGGAAAAAAAACUCUACAAAAUAAUUGUUAACAAUGGUUCAAACCGUCGCGUUCGAGUUUUGUUCUGGAAGGAUUUCGCAUUAGAAUGGCAUUCUCAAAUCACCAGCAACGUUAUUAUUGAUAUUAAUCGAGGACGUCCCACAUUAGUGAAUCAAACGUAUGUAGACCUAUCCGACGGCUUGGCACCAAUGGAAUUAACUAUUGUUAAAUGCACGAAAGUCAAGUUGGGUCCAACUUAUUCAGCCAAUGCAGCUACACCGGUGGUAAUUAAAGAGAUUUCAAUUCAAGAUUUUCAGAAUACAACUGAAAAUGCAUUUUAUAUUACAGCCUAUGUAAAAGUAGUAUUUGAAAAUAUUACUGCUGGUGGAUCAUCAUAUGGUUGCGGUGCAAUUGCUGAUGGAACAACAAAAAUUGUUGUCAAAAUUGCGGUAUUCGAUCAAGAUGAAAAUAUUGAAGUUGGAAGCACUGUCAAGAUUCUCGGAUCAAAAAAAGAAGAUAAAAAUGGAAAUAUGUUUAUCCAGGUCAACGACUCAAAUGAUAUUACCCUGAUACACAAAGAUCCUGUAGAUGAAAACAAGAUUCGUGGUUUCAGGACUCCUAAAAGAUCAUACCGUUCACCAUUAGCUGUUCUUGAUGACGCAAAUAAACAGAAAACAAUUUAAAAAACUAUUUUUUUUUUAAAGAAAAGAUUGCGGUUAUAUAUUAUUAUAAGUAAGAAUGACAGUAUUCUUGCAGUAUUCUAAACUAACUAAUUACUAGAUUACUAAAAAAUAAGAAGAAGUGAU